UGAAGGGGUUUCCUCCAUGCAUCUUCAGCAGUGUGCUGCCCAUCACAGUGCCCAGCUGCAGGAGCAACACCAUGGCUGCAGUAGCUGUACUGAGGAACGACUCACUCCAGGCAUUCCUACAGGACAGGACACCCAGUGUCUCACCAGAUGUCCCGAAACAUUCUCCACUGGCUCUACUGGCGGCUACAUGUAGUCGAAUAGGUCAACCAGGAAGUGGUGCGGACUUUAUUCAGGUUUCUUAUGAUCCAACCAUUGGGUCUCCAUCAAGGAUUUUCCAUCCAUGGACUAGUGACAUUUCUUCACACUCUCCAGGUGGCAUUCAGCCACAUAACAACCUAGGGCUUACUGCCCCCAAAAAUCAACUCCCAUCUCACAUCCAGUCUACAUUUGUUACUCAUGAACUACCACUGACUCCCCCUGCCGACCCUUCCUACCCAUAUGAAUUUUCCCCUGUGAAAAUGUUACCUUCCCCUAUGGCGGCUUUUCAGUCAUCUGCUUGCCAAUCGACCUAUGUACCUUCUGUUCCUUAUCCCCCUACUGCACCUAUCGCUUCUGCAAUCCAUGGAUUUGUACCAGGUCAUUCAAACCUGAUACAUCAGCAACCAAGGCAACUGUCCCCCAAUCCAGCAGAAGAUAUCCCAUGGUGGAGCAUUCAACAAUCUACGCCAGUCACCCACCCAUCUGCAAUUUCUCAUGCUCAUCACCGGUUUCCUAUCCAGAGAAGUUUCGUUCUUGGACAUUCAGACUUUGCACAAUACCAGACUCAAAUUGCUGCUCUUCUGCAGACCAAAUCCCCACUGGCCACUGCCAGAAGAUGCAGAAGAUGUAGAUGCCCCAACUGCCAAACCUCCAGUGGUCCAGAUGAGCCUGGAAAGAAGAAACAGCACAUCUGUCACAUCCCAGGUUGUGGAAAGGUGUAUGGUAAAACCUCCCACCUAAAGGCCCAUCUAAGGUGGCACUCAGGAGAGAGACCCUUUAUUUGUAACUGGUUGUUCUGUGGCAAAAGUUUCACCAGAUCUGAUGAACUACAAAGGCACUUACGGACUCAUACUGGAGAAAAGAGGUUUGUCUGUUCUGAAUGUGGAAAAAGAUUCAUGAGAAGCGAUCAUCUGGCCAAACAUGUGAAAACCCAUCAAAGUAAGAAGAUCAAAGGGGUGGAGAGGACAGUUAAACAAGAGCAAAGCAGAGACCACUAG